AACAAAAAUUUGGAACCGUCUCCGCGUUCCAAAUCAAAAGUCAAUCACGACACAUUCUUCCCAACCCCCUUCAAAAUACCAUCGACUCGCCAAUCAUUCUCCCACCUUCAAUUUCAUCAAUGGCGUCGAUCUACACCUGCAACGAAUGUGGAACCAAUCUCAGCCUUCAUUCCGCUAAUCUCUUCCCUCCUGACUUCUACUUUGAGGCUGGCAACAAAGGCACUCUCUCUUUCGCAGCCAUCGACUCCUCCAAAUUCAGAUUCGUCAAAGAAGAUAAGAUCAGACCCUUUUUCGAGACAAUUAAUUACUGGGGGAUCCAGAGAAAACGAACUAAACUUCUUUGCAAUAGUUGCGGUCGGCUCGUCGGGUAUCUUUACGAUGAUGGCCCGCCGAUGAUGACUGGGACGGGGCAGUUUGGAUUUGGACCCAGUCAGGCUAUUCCUAGGGCUCCCAGGUAUCGAUUUAAGACCAAGGCUCUAAGAAUUACUUCGGAAACUUGAAAUUAUUUUGGGGAUUUUAUUGAUUUUGUGUAGUAUACGUGUAGUAUGUUGAUAUUUAUGUAUGUACAUGUAGAAAUUGUGAUGUUUUAUGGAAAUUGAUUGAUAUUUUAUACUCA